UGUAGCAACCAAAAGCUCAAGCGAGCGAGCAAAUGGGCUGCUGACUGAAUCUCUCUGUCUGUCUCCUCACGAAAUCACACGGCAGGAGCAGCGAGAGGGAGAUUCAUCAUUCAUUUCAUUGACCAAAGACUCAGCCCACCCUCCCCCUCCCCCUCCCCCUCCCCCUCCCUCCACUGUUCCCUUCCCCCACUCUUUCUCCCGCUUUCCCGAGAAAAUCUGCAGGUUUCAGGGGGAGAGAGAGAGACAGGUAGCUGAGCCUGCUUCUCAAUGGGGGAUUCUUUGGAGAGGCUGGGAUCGGAGGCAGUUGGUAUCGACGCUGCCAUGAAAGACGGGAGCAGCAGCGACCUCUGCAUGGAGAUCGACGGAGCCACGCCCUUCAGGGAGAACGUGGCCACCGCCGAGGACUGGCGGAAGGCCCUUAAUCAGGUUGUCCCCGCUGUCGUCGUGCUCCGGACCACCGCCUGCCGAGCUUUCGACACUGAAGCAGCUGGAGCCAGCUACGCCACCGGCUUUGUGGUCGAUAAGUGCCGCGGGAUCAUCCUCACCAAUCGCCAUGUCGUCAAGCCUGGACCUGUAGUUGCGGAGGCUAUGUUUGUUAACCGUGAGGAGGUUCCAGUACAUCCCAUAUACAGAGAUCCCAUCCAUGAUUUUGGCUUCUUUCGAUAUGAUCCUGAUGCCAUACAAUUUCUGAAAUAUGAAGAGAUUCCUCUUGCUCCUGAGGCUGCAUCUGUUGGAUUAGAAAUUAGGGUUGUUGGCAAUGAUAGUGGGGAAAAGGUCUCAAUACUUGCUGGGACUCUUGCUCGCUUGGACAGGGAUGCUCCUCAUUACAAAAAGGAUGGCUAUAAUGACUUCAACACAUUCUACAUGCAAGCUGCUUCUGGGACAAAAGGUGGUUCAAGUGGUUCUCCGGUGAUUGAUUGGCAAGGCAAGGCAGUGGCCCUGAAUGCUGGAAGCAAGUCAUCUAGUGCAUCUGCGUUUUUUCUACCUUUAGAACGAGUCGUAAGGGCACUACGAUUUCUCCAGAAGGGCAGAAACUCUUAUAAGGAUAAGUGGGAGGCUGUUCCUAUACCCAGGGGUACACUUCAGGUUACCUUCCUUCACAAAGGAUUUGAUGAGACGCGCAGACUAGGUCUUCAGAGCGAUACGGAGCAGAUGGUAAGGCAAGCUUCUCCUCCAGGGGAAACUGGAAUGCUUGUUGUUGAUUCUGUGGUACCAGGUGGUCCGGCACAUAAGCAUUUGGAGCCAGGUGAUGUGCUUGUUCUCAUGAAUGGGGAAGUCAUCACUCAGUUCCUGAAAAUGGAGACUCUAUUUGAUGACUGUGUUGGUCAAAAGAUUGAACUACUGAUUGAGAGAGGUGGCACACCAAUGAAUGUAAACCUUAUGGUUCAGGAUUUGCACUCAAUAACUCCUGACCACUUCCUGGAAGUAAGUGGUGGUGUAAUACAUCCUCUGUCAUACCAACAGGCGAGAAAUUUCCGGUUCCAUUGCGGUCUCGUCUAUGUUGCAGAACCAGGAUACAUGCUUUACAGAGCUGGAGUUCCUCGUCAUGCUAUUAUUAAGAAGUUUGCAGGCGAAGAAAUUGCAGUACUUAAAGAUCUGAUUUCAGCUCUCUCUAAGUUACACAAGGGUGCUCGCGUGCCCUUGGAAUAUGUCAGUUACAUGGAUCGUCAUCGUAGGAAGUCUGUUCUGGUCACGGUUGAUCGUCAUGAAUGGUAUGCUCCUCCACAAAUAUACACUUGUGAUGACACUGCCGGACUCUGGACAACAAAGCCAGCUUUCCAGCUAUUGCCUUCCUUACUUCCUUCUCAUGUUAACGAUGUUCAUCAAGCCCUUGGAAAUCAAUCCAUGUCGUCUUGUGGUGAAGCUACUUUGAUGGAACACAUCCACCAAGACAGGAGCCAAGAUUUGAUUGAUGGUGUCGCGAGUAUGGAAACAAAUGAUGACCAUUCAUCUGAGGAUUCCCAUGCUCAGGAUGAAUCAGAUACUUGUAAGAAAAAACGGCGUGUAGAGGAGGAUUCAUCUGCUGAUGGAGCUAUGGCAGACUAUUUUUUGCACAAUGGUAGAGACAUAGAGUUGAAGGACACAAGAAACAUGGAAAAUGCAGCAGCUAUGACAGAUUAUCAUGGUGCAACAGCUCAGUCUGCUAAUGCUUCAUAUGCAGAGCAUGUGAUAGAGCCCACUCUUGUAAUGUUUGAGGUGCAUGUUCCACCAUCGUGCAUGGUAGAUGGUGUCCAUUCACAACAUUUUUUCGGAACUGGUGUGAUUGUAUAUCAUUCUCAAGACAUGGGAUUGGUAGCAGUAGAUAAAAACACUGUCGCUAUAUCUGUGUCUGAUGUGAUGCUGUCCUUUGCCGCUUUCCCUAUCGAAAUUCCUGGGGAGGUGGUUUUUCUCCAUCCUGUGCAUAAUUAUGCUCUUGUUGCCUAUGACCCUAAGGCAUUGGGGCCUGCUGGUGCUUCAGUUGUUCGUGCAGCUGAACUUCUUCCUGAGCCUGCUUUGCGGCGGGGAGAUUCUGUGUAUCUAGUGGGGCUGAGUAGAAGCCUUCAAGCAACAUCAAGGAAAUCAAUCGUCACCAAUCCUUGUGCAGCUCUAAAUAUUGGCUCAGCCGAUUGUCCGAGAUAUAGAGCAAUUAAUAUGGAAGUCAUUGAACUUGACACAGAUUUUGGAAGUGCAUUUUCUGGAGUGCUGACGGAUGAGCGAGGACGAGUUCAGGCUAUAUGGGGAAGCUUUUCAACUCAGCUGAAAUAUGGGUGCAGUUCUUCUGAGGAUCAUCAAUUUGUAAGGGGCAUUCCAGUUUCUACUAUUAGCCAAGUUGUUGAGAAAAUUGUAUCAGGUUUAAAGGGGCCACCUCUGUUGAUAAAUGGGGUCAAAAGGCCAAUGCCGCUUGUUAGGAUUUUGGAGGUCGAACUAUAUCCCACUUUGCUAUCAAAGGCUCGGAGCUUUGGACUGAGUGAUGAAUGGGUUCAGGCGCUUGUCAAGAAAGAUCCCCUCAGAAGGCAGGUUCUACGUGUUAAGGGCUGUUUGGCUGGUUCAAAAGCCGAGAAUCUAUUAGAGCAAGGAGACAUGGUCUUAGCAAUCAAUAAAGAGCCUGUAACUUGUUUCCGUGAUAUAGAAAAUGCUUGUCAGGCAUUGGACAAUAAUGAUAAUGACAAUGAUGGGAAGCUCAACAUGACCAUCUUUCGGCAGGGACGUGAAAUUGAUCUUCUUGUGGGAACAGAUGUGAGAGAUGGGAAUGGUACAACACGAGUGGUUAAUUGGUGUGGAUGUAUAGUUCAAGAUCCCCACCCAGCAGUACGUGCUCUUGGGUUUCUUCCUGAAGAGGGUCAUGGAGUCUAUGUCGCUAGGUGGUGUCAUGGGAGUCCUGUGCACAGAUAUGGUCUUUAUGCCCUUCAAUGGAUUGUUGAAGUCAAUGGGAAAUUGACUCCUGAUCUGGAUGCCUUUGUCAGCGUAACGAAGGAGCUGGAGCACGGACAAUUUGUUAGAGUUCGGACAGUUCACUUGAAUGGGAAGCCCCGAGUUCUAACACUGAAGCAAGACUUGCACUACUGGACUACGUGGGAGCUGAGAUUUGAUCCUGACACUGCCAUGUGGCGGCGUGAGACGAUCAGAGCAAUAUAGUGUUAGUGUUUCAUGGUAACCGUAAAGCCGUAGCUUCGAGCCAUCUUGACUUGCGGAGCACUAGCAGUGGAAGCAACAGGGGAAAGGUCAUUUCCUAGACCAUUGGAGAGUUGGAUGCUGAGCCAGCAUCGAGAGUGAAGCCAUUUGAAGAUUGGGCCCCCACAUUAAAUGCUAUACGUUAGGGAGAGUGCGGUGCAUCAGUCCCCUUGUUGCAUAUUGAUUUGAUUCCGAUCAAUAUUUGAAUAUAUACAGAGGCUGAAUAGGAUAGAGAUGAAUAAAACAUGAUCUAAAGCUCUUUUGAACUAAUUGGUCUGACAGAAAGAAAAUAAAAGUUGCAGCUUCUAGA